UUCUGGUUCUGGUUCUUCUUUUUCUCCCUGACCCUCUGGAUGUUCUCUCGUUGUUGCUGGUGGUUAAAGUUGUUUAACACCUGUCGUGUAAAGAACCAACCGAGAGAAAUGUGCGCUUCUGUGAUGCAUUUAAACUCCCUCAGUUGGCUUGAUUUUACUUGUCUAUGUGUUUUGGUGGUACUUUAACCUCUGAACACAGCGGAGGAAGCAGCGACCAUGAAAUCUGGAACAGCAAGGACCUGCUCCCCAGUGUAAAGGAGGCUUUCAUGCACACAAAAAAAUAUAUCUCCAGCACUUUCCCCAUUCCUCCUUGUGUUGGAGUCGGUUGCAAUUUUUGAUAAGGUUUGAUUUAUAUGAUUUAAUAUCACGAAUUUACUUAAAAACCGGGGAAUCGAUCGCCGCCUCUCAAAGCUUCAACUUUAAUGAACGAAUUGGGGUGGGGGGAAUGCUGGGAAUGAAAAGUAGGGAAAGGGGUAUGUUAAGGAGAGAAGGAAAAUGUGAAGGAGAGAGAGGGAUAUGUGAAGGGGGGAGAGAUAAUUGACUGACAAUGUUGAGUAGAUGUUUUCUUGUGCGUUCCAGUUGCUGCUUUGAGAGGUGGGGACCAAAGGCGUGUUACCUCCCUGGGUAAAUCAGUCACACUUCAUUUUGUGCACUCAUUUACUAAGUUAUCCACCGCCCAUUGCUGAGAUGAUUGUAGGUGGCCGCACCUUGUCCAGUUGAAGCAGUCCACCAGCCCCGCUCCUACCUUCUGGUUCACCAUCCCAGGCACACAGUCUUCACCAUGCCCACCUUUGAUGAUGUUCUGGAAGAGGUGGGGGGAUUUGGAGUGUACCAGAAGAUCGUCUUCUUCUUGGUGUGCCUGAUCUCGGCCAUGUUCUCCUAUCUGUACGUCGGCUUUGUGUUCCUGGCCGUCACUCCCGACCAUUGGUGCAGGAGUCCCGGUGUGUCCGCACUGAGGGCCAAAUGCAACUGGUCCCUGGAGCAGGAGAAGAACUUCACGCUGCCCGCGGGCCGCGCUGGGAGCUCCCCGUACAGUCAGUGCGAGAGGUUCGACAUAGACUGGAAUUCCUCCUCCGUUAGCUGUGAAAAUCCACUUCCCUUCUCCUGGAAUCAUUCCCGAGAUCUUCCCCUGACAAGGUGCCGGGACGGAUGGGUUUUUGAAAACGGUUCGAUCUCCAGCAUUGUAACCGAGUUUGAAUUGGUAUGCUCGGACGCCUGGAAGGUGGAUCUGACUCAAGCCUGCCUCAACCUGGGCUUCAUGGUGGGGACGAUCAUCAUGGGCUACGCGGCGGACAUGUUUGGUCGGAAAUUCAGCUUCUUGUCUGCGACAUUAGUGAAUGCGGUGGUGGGGCUUAUUGUGGGCUUCCUGCCAAACUACACCUGGUUUGUGAUCUUCCGAACUUUCCAGGGCGUGUUCAGUAAAGGCUGCUGGCUGUGUGCAUACGUCUUCAUCACAGAGCUGGUGGGGCUGGAGUACCGAAGGACUGUGGGCAUCCUGUACCAGGUCUGCUACAGCAUCGGCAUGAUGCUGCUUCCGGCCGUGGCCUAUCUCAUUCCCGACUGGAGGAACCUGCAGCUGGCCACCACCAUUCCCAACUUCCUCUUCCUCGCCUACUACUGGAUAAUUCCAGAGUCUCCCAGGUGGCUACUGUCUCAGAACAAGAACGCACAGGCCAUGGAUGUGGUGCAGAAGAUGGCCAAAAUGAACGGGAGCAGUCUCUCCCAAAAAUACGAGAAAGUUGAGGAGAAUACAGAAGACUUGGGCCGCCCAUCAUUCGUAGACCUGGUCCGAACUCCUCAGAUAAGGAAACACACUCUGAUCUUGAUGUACAACUGGUUUGCCAGCGCUCUGGUCUACCAAGGUCUGGUCAUGCGCUUGGGGACGCUGGGUGGAAACAUCUACCUUGACUUCUUCAUCUCCGGAGCCGUGGAAAUCCCGGCAGCGGCGAUCCUCAUCCUUCUGGUCAUCGAGAGGAUUGGGCGCCGCCUCCCCUUCGCUACCGGCGGGCUCGUGUCGGGGGCAUCCUGCCUGAUCGCAGCCUUCAUACCCGAGAGUGUCAGCUGGUUAGCGACGGCAAUCGCAUUUGUCGGUAAACUGGGCAUCACCAUAAGCUUCGAAAUGGUGGUGUUUGUAAACGCUGAGUUAUACCCGACUUUUAUCAGAAACCUGGGUGUGUCUGUCUGCUCUACCCUGUGUGACAUUGGAGGGAUUGUGGCUCCGUUCAUCGUCUACCGUCUGGCUGAUGUCUGGGCAGGAUUGCCACUCGUGGUUUUUGGGGUGAUCGGGCUGAUUUCCGGGGGCCUGGUGCUGCUUUUGCCCGAGACAAAGGGGUUGACUUUGCCCGACACUAUUGAGGAGAUCGAGAACAUCAGCCGGCAAAAGCGAAAGGUUGCAAAGACCAGCUACCAACAAGUCAUUCUGCGGACAGCUGAUGCCAAGGACCACGCUUCCACGAAGACGGACGUUGAAGUCUAAAUUAAAUCCUGUCCGCGCAUCGGUUUCCAACUCACCCAAUGUAGUCACCUUCACCCGAACAAAACCGCCUGAUGAUUUCUGCUCAUCCCCCUGGUCGCGUAACAUGAACAUUGAAGUCUUUUGUCAAUCAUGUCCACUUAACCUUCCAUAUUAUACGAGGAAUCAAAAAUUAGAAAACAUCGUUAAUGCCUUCUGCCAAAUUCAAUGUAUAAUAUAAAGAAUGUUGUUGGAAAGUUGCUUUGAGAAGAAAUUGAUUUGCAUUUUAGAGUCAUAGAGUCAUAUCACACAGAAACAGGCCCUUCGGCCCCAACUUGUCCAUGUGACUAUGAUGCCCAUCUACAAUAGUCCCACCCGCUCGCAUUUGGCCCAUAUUCCUUUAAACCUUUUCUCUCCAUGUAUCUGUCCAAAUGUCAUCUGAAUAUUGUUAUUGGACCUGCCUCAACUACCUUCUUCAACCCGAAACAUCACCUAUUCCUUUUCUCCAGAGAUGCUGCCUGACCCGCUGAGUUAACCCAGCAUUUUGUGUCUAUUUUCGCUCUAAACCUUUACUACCCAUGUACUUGUCCAAGUGUCUUUUAAUUGAUGUUAUUGUAGCUGCCUCAACUACCUCCUCUGGCAGCUCAUUCCAUAAAAUCAUCACCCUCUGAGUGGAAAAAGUUGACCCUCAGGUUCCUAUCUUUCCCCUCUCACCUUAAAGUUAUGUCCUCUGGCUCUUGAUUCCCCUACUCUGGAUAAAAGACUGUCCAUUCACCCUAUCUGUUACGCUUGUGAUUUUAUGCACUGCUAUUAGAUUACCCCUCAGACUCCUGUGCUCCAAGGUACAAAGUCCUGGCCUGCCCAAUCUCUCCCGAUAGUUCAGGUCCAUGAGUCCUGGCAACAUCCUAGUAAACCAAGCAUUUGAGGAGGUUUGGGUUUCGCUUUAUUAUUAUCACGUGUACCCACGUACAGCGAAAAGCUUUGUUUUGCAUGCCAUCCAAACACAUCAGAUAUAC